CUUGAUACAAGCACGAACGGUGUCGUGAGUCAUUAUGUUGGUAAUGCAGCUCAUAUCUGCGAAACCCUUUGGUAGAACUUGACACGAAGGGGCAGGUAUUUAUGAAGGCAUAAGAACACUUAUUGAGAGUAGCUUAUCGAACAAUCAAAUCACCGUUGUUUUUCCCAAACAUACUACCAGGCGUCCCUCGAAAUGCCCGUCCCCGUCCCUCAAAUCUUCCAGUACGACUACGUGCCCGAGACCAAGGAGGAUCUUGAAUGGGCUGAUCUCGCCACCAUUGAUCUAUCCAAAUUCAACAAUCCUGAAGGCCGCAAGGAGCUCGCCCAAACCCUCCUCGAGGCUAUCCGCACUAAGGGAUUCUUCUACGUCAUCAACUUUGGCAUUCCCCAGGAGAAGGUUGACCGCCAGUAUGCCCUUGGUAGCAAGUUUUACGAUCUGCCCCUUGAGGAGAAAUCCAAAUACGUCCCUGACUUGGAGAAUGGCGAAUACAACGGGUACAGGCCCGCUGGCAGGAGUGUACUUGGAGGGGGUAUCCGGGACAGGAUUGAAGUCUAUAACAUCCCCAAAUUUGAUGGCUAUCAUGAGCGUAACCACCCCGACGUCAUUGAGCAGAACAUUCAUGAAAUCGAGGAAUUCGCUCGCUCUCUCCAUACCAACGUCCUCGACCCUCUUCAUGUUCUCGUCGCUCUCGCUCUUGAACUUCCUGAGGACUACUUCACCAAUCUUCACAAGUACUCCGACCCCUCCGAGGAUCAUCUCCGAUACAUGAUGUACCGGCAUUUCUCUCCUGAAGAGACUAAGAUCAUUGAGUCCAACGAUGGUCUUUACACCCUCGGUCACACCGACUUGGGUACUUUGACCUUGCUUUUCAGGCAACCAGUUGCCGCUUUACAGAUCAGGGACCAUGAGACUGGCAACUGGAAGUGGGCCAAGCCCUUGGAUGGUAGCCUUACCGUCAACACUUGUGAUGCCCUAUCUUUCUUGACUGGCGGCUACAUCAAAAGUACCGUCCACCGAGUGAGCAUUCCGCCCAAAGACCAGCAGCAGUACGACCGUCUCGGUCUCCUCUAUUUUGCCCGUCCUCAAAACGAUUUACCCCUCGCCACUGUUGACAGCCCCUUGCUGAAGAGAGAGGGUUUCGACAAGAAUGAGUUUGAACGAGGCGGUUACAAAGUGCCGACCAUGGGUGAAUUUGUACAAGUCAAGCAAAAGUGGCAGCAAACCAAGCGAGUUGCACACCGAGAAGGUGAUGGUUCCCAGAUUCUUCCUGGUUUCGAAGGAAAGUAUCACGACUAAACAAUCUUUAGUCAAAAAGUUGUAGUAUUGGUUUGUGGACAUUGGGUAGAAGACAUGU